UAUAUUUGAGGGAUCUCUCAUUUUCUCGGCAAGUAGAUAGAAGAUACUUAAGAUGCCUGAAACCACAUCUGAAUUUGGUGGAUGAUAUGUAUCUGUUUAUACCAUAAAUUGUAAAAUUUUAAAUUAAUGUCACGUGUAAAAUAUUUUUUAUUGGUUGAAGAAGAUUGAGCCAUGUCGAUUCAGAUUUUGGGUUCAGUGACAGAUUAGCACUUGUGUUGGCAAAAGAGGAGAGAAUGUCGAACAUAAUUCUUUUUGAGGAUAUCUUUGUGGUUGAUCAACUCGACCCGAGUGUCAAAAAGUUUGGUAAAGUUACACGUAUUGAAGCACGGAACCAGAAUGCGAAAUGUUUAUGCACCUAGACGUGAAUACAGAAAUAUAUCCCAUGCGUGUAGGUGAAAAAUUUACAAUGGCAUUAGCUCACACAUUGAAUUGGGAUGGAACACCAGAUACUGGCUAUUUCGCUCAGAGAGAUUUAUGUUUCAUUUGGUGGGCUCCUAAUGCUGCUGAGGGGAGAACCUUCUCAUCUUGCUCACUUUGAGCUUGACCAGAGGCUGUUUCUCCUUAUUAGGAAGCUAUCAAACCUUGUUCUAGUAUCCCUAAUAUCAACUAAAUUAUGUAAUCAUCUUAGCAGCGAUUAUUGUAAUCUAUGAACUCCAUAUCUCUGCAUUAUCCGAAUUGUACUUUGA